AUGCUGGCGGCGGCUGCUCAGCAACACCAGGCCCAGCAGGAUGCCGCCGUUGCCCAGGCUCUGGAGAUUGCCCGAGAGAGCCCAGAUGGUGCUUCGGAUCCAACUGUUAGCAAGAUCUUGGAUAUGGCCCUGUCGCAGAUCUGGGGCAAGGUUGAAGCACAGCCCGACGCAUAUGUUAUGACCCGAGAUGAGUUUGCCGUCUUCAACUUUUUCCAACACCGCUUCCAAGGCAACACGACAGCCGUCAAGGCUCGCAAGCGGUACUGGGACCAUGCUCGGGCAUGAGUUGUGGUAUCUCUUCCACAACAAUCCCACAGACACGCAAUGGCCGUCGCCCAAAAGGAGGCCACCACGGAGACAUCAUCAAGUUCACGAUAACCAUCACCAACACAAACCUACUUUCCUCGGUUCUCCAGCCUCCCCUUUCACUGACGACAUAUCCUUGAAAACACUGUAGCGUGAAGGACGCCCCUUUACGCUAUACGUGAUUCUAUCGUGGUGCACAGAGCUUCAGCAAACGUCUUUCGCCCCCGCUUCACUCACCAUUUUUAUUUUCUUCCCAAUUCAUUUACCACACCAUUCCUACCUUUUGGUAGUUGUGUGCGAUCACUCAACGCCGAGGCGAUUUGUUCUACCCCUGACGCUGCCAAGCGAUUAGGGUCACAAGAGGCGCACAGGCUCCCGCCGCAAUGGAGCGUCAGCAACCACAUCCAGGUUGGAAAUUCGACUUUAUCCGGCACCACCUACUUGGGGACCUAAGUCUCGCUAGCAGGACCUUUGCAUGUGAGGCUUGGAACGGUGAUUGGAGGUUUGACUCUACUUGCACAUCAUUCAAGUGAGGGCAAUCUCUCUGCCGUUCGCGCUGAUGCAUUGGGGAACUUCGGAUGAUGGCCGAUUCGCAGCUUCACUAGCACUGAAACUGAAGCUACUGUGCUAACGAAGCAUGGCGUGCUGCCGGACUCGAGUCCCUUUCUUGGAUGCCAGCAAUGAUGAGCUGACACUUAUUUACCUUUCGUGGCUGGCGCGUCAUGGCCCUUCAUGCUUCUGCAUACGGACGAACAGAAGGAAAAGUUGUUGGGAAUGGAUCAGUGGCACAUUUUUUUUUCUCGCUUUCUUCUUGAUGAUGCUGUUACGAAUUCCCUUUCUCUAUAGAUACCAGCCCUGAAGGUUAUAGACUUGAAUGUUUUUUUCUUUUGGUUCUUAUCUUAUGACAUUCUGCUGAACUUCUCACCUGAAGUUGGAGUCUACCUUUUUGAAGGUUCUUUUGGAAAAUGUUUCUAGAACAAGAAUGAGGCAUGAUUCUGGGUAGGAAUCUUGUCUACUAGAUGAAGCACGAAGCAAAGCAAACUCUCCAUUCUUG